UUGUCUGGACUUUCCAAUAACCUACUUUGCACCAUACAACUUUGUUCGAGAAUCACAGUCACAAUGACUCUGCAGUGGACGGUGGUGGCUUUCUUCCUAUAUGCUGAGAUUACAGUCAACCUUAUCUUGUGUUUGCCCUUCAUAUCAGCACGCAGAUGGCGUUUGAUUUUCAGCUGGAGAAUAUGGAGCUGGAUAUCUCCUUAUUGGAACAAAUGCUUUUUUACAAUGAUAAUGGUCCUUGUUGUUCUUUUCCUGGAUGCCCUGCGUGAGGUGCAGAAGUAUUCUGGUCCCGAGCCCAUGCAAGAUGCUAAAGUGAACCCAAACUUGUAUGACCACGUGCAUAUGAAGCUUUUCAGAGCCCAGAGGAACCUCUACAUAUCUGGCUUCUCUCUCUUUCUCUGGCUUAUCAUGCGUCGGGUUGCCACUUUGCUAAACCAGUUUGCUGUCACCUUGGAGGACAGCGCAGGUCUUCACGCGCAGAUAGACGAGGCUGUGAAAGCAGCCGAACAGCACCGGGAGGAAAAACUGACACUCAAGCAAUCUUUCCUGGAAAAGGAAAAAUCCAUGUCAGAAACAAAACAGCAGCUGAAGCUGGAGGUUGAAAAGCUGGCAGGUCAGCUGAAGGCUGCCGAGGAAGCUGCUCGGAAGUCUGAUGCAGACGUUGAAGCGAUGAGGAGGCAAGCCAAAGGUCUGGCUCAGGAGUAUGAUAGACUGCUCAGAGAACACAAUCAACUCCAGAAUCUACAGAGUGCUGAAGAUAAAAAGGAUCAGUAAACACUGGAAAACAAAUGAUUGUUUUCAGGUUUUGUCUCCUUCUACAUUUUUCUUCUUAUUUCACUGGACUGUGUGCUAUAUCUAGUACACUACCAGGCAUUGCGGU